CCUUCUGUUAGUUCAACAGACUUGGGCGGCCAACGUUUGCGUAACCCGGUUACGAGGUGGGUGGGGGAGCUACAUCAUCGCUGUUCUACCGCAUUUUCUAUCCCGAUGCGUUCUUUAAGGAUUUUUACCAUCAAACUGUAUAAGUUGAAGCUCUACAUUCCCGAGUACCAUUCGAAUUGGUGCUUCUUCUGUAGAAACAAAGGAUCCCCCACUAUCAUUCUACUUGGUGCUUUUUCUGUAUCAGGGUGACACUCCUCAGAACACUAGUUUCGUGUUCUGCGGAGUGUCACCCUGAUGCAACUUCGCACGCUCCUCUAAGUCCUUGGAGUCUCUACUUGCGUUUCCUCUAGUGCCGUAAAAUGUUGCCGUCGUACGAAGAAGGACAAGAAGAUGGAGGAUACUCCGACAGAAAAACCGAAACCGAUGGUGCUCACGCUUUUUGUUAAGACAAGUUGUAGACUGUAGACAAUGAAGAAAGAUAAUAGCAGAGCAGAAGUUUAAAUAGUAAUAGUCCAAGAUGUCGCUAUGACUGAGAAUUAGUGUGUUAUUUGUCAUCAGACAUGUUGCUGUUGCUUCUUGCCACCUAGAUUAUAAUGCAUUUAUUUGUUCUUUAUCUUCUUAGACUACCUUACCCUCUCAUGGGUAUUUUACCAUACGACCCCCCGAAUGGGUACACUACUCCUGCUACUACUUAAUACAACUAAGGCGCAUGAUGGUCGAUACCUCCA